GACUUCUCCCUUCUCUUUCUCUCGUUUCUCACACCCUAGCCCGAUGCCGAAGCUGGUGGCGGUUUCAUGGCUGGAAUCACAAUGAAUCCCUAAUUUUUCUCCCAAUCCCCCUUAUAUGAAUGCUUCUUUCGAAUACACAUUUGGAUGGAAGAGGGGAAUUCCUUUGAGAAAUUUAACGCCGAUCCAGUGUACGCUUGCGGCGUUUCAUUCAACUCCUCUUUCGCUCUCCAAAUGGAAGACCAAGUGGAAGAAUCAGGAUGAAGAAGGUAGCCAAAAACCAUCUAAGACUUAUGCCAGGUAUGCUGUUCGGCUAAAGCGCGCUGAUACAAAGAAAGCUCUUAAAGAUUUUCUUCUCUAUGGAAAGCCCUCAAACAUGAUUCAGGAUGAAGACUCAACACAGAGCAGAAGGAGCAAAGCUGAAAGCAGAUUGUAUGAAUUUAAUAAUUGUCUGCGAUCAAAAGGUUCUGGGAGGUCUAAGCCCUCAUCAAAUUCUUCAGAAUGUGGCAAGGAAAAACGGCGCAAGGGGAAGCCCUACAUCUCUAUGAUUUAUAAAUGUCAGAUUCUUUUCCAAGUUGCAAUGAUAAAUGGGGAUAUGGUUAUUAUGAUGAUGAUUUUGGGCACCAUGAAGCGAAUUUUCAAGCUUCAUUUGGUGGACACAAAACAUUCAACUGGUCAUUUUCCAUCAUGGGAGAAGUAUAGAUUCGAAAAUUCAACAUCUGGUUUUGAAUGGAGAGAUGAAGCAAAAUGGGAGAAGAUCAAGAAGAAGUUCUUGAAUGAAAGUGAUAUUGAGGAGGAAGAACCAAGUGACGUAGGAACACAUACUGACAGAGUUGCUCUUGGCUUACCCGCUACAGGCCCCUUAAAACUAGAUGAUGUUAAAACAGCUUUCCGAACAUCUGCUUUAAAGUGGCAUCCUGACAAGCAUCAAGGACCUUCACAGGCAGUGGCAGCUGAAAAAUUCAAGAGAUGUGUUGAUGCAUACAACUCCUUGUGCAAUGCCCUGAAGAACAAUUAACUUAUACGGUCUUCAUUUACAUUAUUUUAUUUUAUUUUUUCUUCUCAUUUGUGUAUCAUCAACCAGUAGUCAGAGUAUAAGGGCAUUAGCUCCCAUGCUUUUUUGUAUCCUAAAUCAAGUGAUUGGCUUGUAGCCUGUGCUCGCCUUUUGUAGUUUUGUUUAUCAUUAACAGAUGAAAAGUGUUGUUUUUUCAAAAUAAUUGAUGAGGCUCAUUCUUUCGCUGAA